UCUCUCUCUCUCUCUCUCUCUCUCUCUCUCUCUCUCUCUCUCUGAAUAUUGCCUUGCUUGUGACAGGGAAGAAAGAGAAACUCUGGAAAUAUCUUGAGGGUUUUUUACUGUCCUCACUGUGGGAAACAUCAGGAAGAAGACCUGAAGACCUGCUGCUGUAAAAACUUUUGUGUGAAAGGAGAAAGACCAGAAGACGUGUUUGCCUGGGCUCUGAAACUCACCUGAGAACCACACUCUGCUCAGAGAGCAUAUGAAACAUUUUGGCUCGCUGUUUUUGUGUAUUUGGAGAAAACCUUAACAUAGAUAAUUUUACUGAUAUAUAAGGAUUUAGUUAGACUAGUCAAAUAGGGUUUCUGUGAAAACUUAGUUAAUGAUAAAGAAUUUGCAAGAGUAGCUUGGGUGAAUUCUCAAGACGAAGAAAUAUUUCACUGUAAGCCAAACUUUGGUGCUUCUUUGCAUAUGCUGAAAGUGAAAGUAGGUGGUGAUGGACUAACAACAGAUGGCACUGAGCCCUCUCAUAUGCCCCAUAGAGAUGAGGAGACCUAUAGCCGGGGCUAUGAAUGGUGGUUAAUGAAGGAAGCUAAGAAGAGGAAUCCCAAUAUUACACUUAUUGGAUUGCCUUGGUCAUUUCCUGGUUGGCUAAAUCCAGGUAGAAGUGAUCCCUAUGCCAAUAUGACAAUGACUGCUUUAUAUGUUGUGUCUUGGAUAUUGGGUGCUAAAAAACAUCAUAAAUUGGACAUUGAUUAUAUUGGGAUUUGGAAUGACAGAGAACCUGAAAAUCAGUAUAUAAAGACCCUAAGAAAGGUGCUUAAUCAAAAACAACUGAACAGAGUGAAAAUCAUAGCCAAUGAUCAGCUUUGGCAGCCCCUUUCUGCUUUCCUGCAAUUUGAUCCUGUACUCCUGGACGCCGUUGAAGUUAUUGGGGCUCAUUAUCCUGGAACAAAAAGUGAUAAUGAUUCUUUGAAGACUAACAAAAAACUCUGGUCAACUGAAGAUAGUAGCUUUUUUAAAGUUGAAGAAGUUGGAGGCUGCUGGGCUCACAUCUUGAAUCAGAAUUAUGUGAAUGGCCAAAUGACUUCCACAAUUGCUUGGAACUUAGUGGCUAGCCAUUAUCCACGAAUACCUCCCGAGAGAGAUGGGAUGUUGACUGCUAAGGAGCCUUGGAGUGGGCAUUAUGUUGUAGAGAAUCCUAUUUGGAUUACAGCUCAUACCACUCAGUUUGCUCAACCAGGGUGGCAAUACCUGAAAACAGUUGGCUUUUUAAAAUAUGGUGGAAGCUAUGUAGCUCUUACAGAUGGCUUAGGUAACCUCACUAUUAUCAUUGAAACCAUGAGUUAUCCGAUUUCACAAUGCAAAAAGGAUCAUGCGAGUUUUUUCCAGGUGACUGAUCAAAUAAUCAUUUUCUCUCUUCAGGGAACCUUUAAAAGCUUAACAAUGCUACAGAUAUGGUAUUCCAGACUCGGGAAGCAAAGUAGGAAUUACUCAUUCGAAAAACAAAAGCCUCUACUGAUUAAUGAUGGUACCAUUACAUUAAAAUUGGGUUUGGAUGAAGUGUAUACUUUAACAACCAUCACUACAGGUCAAAAGGGCAGUCAUCCUACUCCUCCAGAAUCACGACCAUUUCCAUCUAACUUUGAAGAUAAUUUCAAUUUUGGCCAGACACGUGGUAAUAUAGCUCCACAAUUUGCAGAUCAAACAGGUGUAUUUGAAUACUUCAUGAAUGACCAGGACACAUCAGGUCAUUUCUUCACCUUUCGCCAACAGGUCACUCAGAGACCUAUCACUUGGGCUGAUGAUGCAGAUCAGACCAUCAGUAUUAUAGGAGAUCAUAACUGGAAGGAUAUAAAAAUAACUUGUGAUGUUUACAUUGAGACACCGGUGACAGGUGGCAUAUUCAUUGCUGGAAGAGUAAAUCAGGCUGGGUCAUCCAUUCGAAGUGCCCAAGGAGUUUUCUUCUGGAUUUUGGCAAAUGGGACAUAUGAAGUUACAAGUGAUCUUGCAAGUGUGAGAGUAAUAGAGAAAGGAAUUGCUAACGUCACAGCUGAACAAUGGUACACUAUCACUCUGAUUAUUAGUGAGACUUCUGCUUAUGGCUUGCUAAAUGAUACAGUUCUCUGGAAUGCUCCAAUAAAUUCAUUUCCAAAGAAAGGUUGGGCAGCAAUUGGAACACGUAGCUUCGAGUUUGGACAGUUUGAUAACUUUCAUAUCCAGAUUUAAAAGUUAUAAUUCUUGAAACAUUCAAAUAAUGACUUCUCUCUCUAUACCUAUUUUGAGUUUAGAUUUAGAGUCAACAGGAAAACAUUGAAAGAAUUUGCAUUUUCAAACUUGAUACUUUUGCAUAUCUUAUUGAUUUUUUAAAAUAUGUUCUAUUUUUAAAAUUUUAUAUUUUCCCUUUAAUUUUAGAGUAUUAUAUUGCUUCUUUUUCUUAGCACUUUUGCCCUUCAGAUCUCUCAAAGAUUUUGUUCUAAUGUUAAGGGAAUUGAGUUCUUUUAUCUGGUUUGCAAUUAGUUGUGUUGUAGUAACUAGUAAAAAGAACUUUAAAGAUUUAUUUACUAUUAUUUAACAUAUCAUGUGCUUCACAUCUCAUAGUGAAAAAAAUAAUGUCUUAAUCAAUGAGUCAUUUGUUUCUUCCAGGUACUUUUAUGCAAUGCCCAACAGAGCCUCAAGGGCAGUGUUUUUAUGAAUUACUGUAGCAUUUUAAUCCUUUCAUUGUAUAUGAACAUUUAAAAAAUGGUAAUGGAAGCAAAGGUGGGACCAUUCUAAAAUGCCUUAUUAAUAAAUAAACUCCUAAACUUUCUUCAGUCAAUAAUAAAGAAAUGAAUGGAUAAUUUGGGAUCUUCAUUAUGUAAUUAUUUUACCUUUGUUGGUGUAGUCAGCUCUUUCUUGGCAGUUUUUUUUAAAUACCCUAGGAGAAUUUCUUAAUAUUUUUGCUUACAGAAAGAUGGGAAGAAUUGUGCCUUGCUUUAUCACACAUAAUGAAAUUGCUGAAGGACUUUUUGAGUAAUCACAACUAGCUACAAUUUAAUAGCUCUUUAAUUCAUCAAUCAAUUUAUAUUUGAAGAGUGAAGCAUAUAUAUAUUAAAAGCCAUACCUUCUCACUUAGUAUCAAUAUGAUAAGAUAAAGGCUUGGCAAUUAGGUUUUAGUUACUUGACCAGGAUCACAAAGAUAGGAAGUAUCUGAGGCCAGAUUUAAUCCCACUUCCUCCUGACUCUUGACCUGGCACUCUAUCUGCUGUGCUACCUAUACCUAGAAGCCCCAAAAUAUAUGCUUUUUUUUUUUAACCAUCUCUUUUAGAAUUGAUACUGAGUAUUGGUUCCAAGUUAGAAGAGCAAUAAGGUCUGGACAAUUGGGCAAGCCACUUGAUAUCACAAAGCUAGGGAGUAUGAAGUGUCUAAGGCUGAAUGUGAACCCGAGAUCUGUUUCCAGACCUGGAGCUCUAUGCACUGAGCAACUGUCCCAUAUGUUUUUUUUUUAUUUUAUUUAAUUGGUCAAUUUAGAAUAUUUUUCCUUGGUUACAAGAAUCAUGUUCUUUCCUUCCCCUUCCCUAACUCCCUCCUGUAGUCAAUGUGCAAGUUCCCUGGGUUUUACAUGUGUCCUUGAUCAAAAUCUAUUUCCAUAUUGUUGAUGUUUGCACUGGGUAAUCAUUUAGAGUCUAUAUCCCCAAUCACAUCCCCAUCAACCCAUGUGUUCAAUCAGUUCUUUUUCUUCUGUGUUUCUUUUCCCACAGUUUUUCCUUUGGAUGUGGAUAGUGUUUUUUCUCACAAAUCCCUCUGAAUUGUUCUGGAUCAUUGCAUUGCUCCUAAUAGAUAAGUCCAUUACAUUCGAUUGUGCCACAGCGUAUCCAUCUCUGGGUACAAUGUUCUCCUGGUUUUGCUCCUUUCACUCUGCAUCAAUUCCUGGAGGUCUUUCCAGUUCUCAUGGAAUUCCUUCAGUUCAUUAUUCCUUUGGGCACAAUAGUAUUUCAUCAUCAACCAUAUGCUUUUUAUAUAAUAUGAUUUCCUUCUAAAAGUCAGUAUUCUUUUUAGGAGUAUCUCAGUUAUUUACGUGGAACACAUCUCUUAUAUAGCCCAGAAAGAAAAAAGGAAACUAGAUUCUAGAAUAGCUUAAAUUAUUUAUUUAACCAUUUCUCAACUAUAAAAUGAAUAGUUUAAAUUUAGGUGUACUAUAGAAUAUCUUUUAUCAUCAAAAAGCAGAAUUUCCAUGCUAUGCACAUUUAUUUUGCUAAUUUUUAUUUUUGAUUAAUUGACUUUGGUCUUUCAUCUAAACAAAGUUUAGAAUGAAUAUUUGCCCUAAUUAAGAAAAAGAAAUUUUGAGGGUUUUUUUUUAAGGUUUUCCAUUUUCCAUGAAGCCUUUCCUGACAACUAGCUUUCUAUUGAUCUGUCUCUCUCCUCUCAGUGCCUUCACAUUAUAACUGUACCACAUCACUGGGUACCUGUACCUUUCCUCAUUCAGAUUAAUGAUGUUUAAGUUCUUUGGCUGGUUUGGCUUCUUGAGGUCAAGAGUCUUAUUUAUCUUUAUGUCACUCUCAGUAAUUAGCCCUGUGAUGUAUGAGGAGUAGGUACUUGGUAAGUGUUUGUUCAUUUGUUCGUUGUAUUUACCCACAAUAACCAGGUAUAUAAAUGGAUGCUGCUAAUCAGAGGGAUGUGUGUGAUUAUUAAUGAAGGCAAAAUUAACUGAGCCUUUGCUAGGAAACACUUCAUUAGCAAUUGAGGUGAAUGUGAAUAAUUCAACACACUUUACCUUUAUCUAUGUAAAAACAUAAUUAAGACCUUUUCACUAAUUUAGAUGCUAUUUUGUUCAAAUUUGUGACAUUGUUCUAAAGGUCAUCAGAACUACUGACAGCUUUUAGGGCUUACUGAGACUCAGUUUAAAUUGGAAUCAAGAAUUGUCCUUUCAUGGAGAGAAAUCUCUGUUUUGUUUUAAAGGUAUCAGAAAUAGGCUAGUUACUUAGUAUAGCUAUGUAGCCUAUUUAAGAGGAGAAAUUCUACAUUCCUGUGAUUUUUAUAAUGUACAUUUUAAAAUAAUAUAUAAUAUUAUAUAUGGUAUAGUAUAUAAUGUAACAAUAUACUGUAUAAUUAUUACAUAUUAUAGUAAUAUGAUAUAAUAUAUAAAAAUAACAUUUAAUACUCCUGGCAGUAAGUUGUUUUUUAGUCUUGUCCAAUUCUUUGUGAUCCCAUUUGUGAUUUUCUUGACAAGGAUACUGGAGAGAUUUGCCAUUUCCUCCAGCUCAUUUUAUAGAUGAGGAAACUGAGGCAAACAUGAUUAAAUUACUUAGACAGAGUCACCCAGCUAGUAUGUGUCAGAGGCCAGAUGUGAACACAGGAAGAUGAAUCUUUCUGACUCCAGGCCUGAUAAUCUAUUUUCUCUGCCAUCAACAUUGCUAAAGACAGAAUAACAACCUAAGAAGAUUAUUGUCAAAUACUGUGAUAGAUACUUUUUUGUUAUAGAUCAUUUAAGUUACACAAGAAUAGUUUUCUUUCUCCUUAAAUUUCCCUAGAACUCUUUAACUAGUCUCUCCUUUAUCUCUCACACCUGAUCUUGUACUUUUCUGUGGAUCUGUUCCUGUAUCCAUGAGGCUUCCCUGGGUCCAAAUAGAAUCUAAGCUGUUUGAGGACAGGAUUUUGUCAAUUUUUUGCUUUGUACACAGUAGGUCCUUCAUACAUAGUGUAAAAUUAAAUUCCAGAUAGACAUUUUUGGCCAUGUAGAAAAUUGAGGAUUUAUGUUGUUACCAGUACAUAUAUUUUUUAGCUGAUGCAGAAUUAGAAGAAUUUCUACUUUGUCCUUAAUCCCCUUCUUGAAUAGGGUGACCAAUAGGUUUAUUUACUUAUAGAAGAUGCACAAAUCUUUGGAAGGCUAGAGAAAAUUUAAAAUAGUUUCUUGUUGCUAUUACUCUUCUCAUUCUCCCAGAAUUUCUGAAGUUCACCUGGAAGAGAGAAUAAAAAAAAAAAAAACUCUAUACUGUGGUGAAUAAUUAGUUGAAAAUAAUUCUUAAGUGUCCAUAUCCAUUCCUAGUACCUCUCCUGAGCUUCCCAUCUAGCAUCAUCAACUAUCUAGUGAACACUUCAACUAGAUGUUGUACAGGCAUCUCAAAUCCACCAUAGUCAAAACAGAGUUCAUUCUCUUUCCCCUCAAAUGGACCCUUCUUCCUAACAUUCUUAUUUCUGUUGAGGACAGGCAAUACUAUUCUUUCAGUCACACAGUUACCUAACUUUUCCUUAAUAGUCACUCCGGAUUCUCCUUUGAGACAACUUCCCUACUUUGAAAUUGAUAUUUCUCACCCGUACAGAGGUUGUUGACAUCCAUGAUCAUGGACCUAUAUGAGUGUGAAGCCCCUACCCCCUUUUAUGAUUAUAAUAAUAUUUGCCUUUAUGAUUAUUUUAAUAACAUAAUCAUUAGUCUUGAGUUAAUAGUCAAAUAAUAUAUUCAAAAAUAUAAUAGAAUUAUAAAAAUUAGCUAGAAAAAAUAUCUUGUUUACAGGCAUUUUGACCUUAAGCCUAUAGCUCAAAAUUUUCUACUAAGUCUACCACAUCCUGUUGGACGCAAACUCUGGACAGUCAGGAAAGAGGUUGCAGGCCUUCCUUGGGUGAAAGAUCAGGACAGUCAGGAAGUGGGUAGAAACCUGCUUUGGGUGCAAGUCAGUAAGGAGGUGGAAGCCUGUCGUUGGAUGAAAAAGAAAACUGUCAUUCAGUUGCUGACUCCUAGUAUUUCCUAACUGUCAGCAGAAAAAUAAUUAGCCUCCAACCCCUUAUUGCAGAGGCCUUGAAAAGUUCAACCAUAAAAUUUGACCCGUCACCUGUAGUGAUUUAGUGAUUAUUUUUGUACUUUACAGCUUAUUCACCACUUGCAUAAUUAGUUAGGACUUGCUUAUGUGAAAGAUAUGUACAUCUAUUUUAAUUUUGACUGUAUCACUAUCACUAUAUCAUAAGAUGUCUCUCUACUUAAAAAAGGCUAUCUUCUAAGGCUCAGGGUCUCUGGUCUUGAUCUUGACUGGAGUCCAGCAUUAUUGGGAGACUGACCUCUUCUCAAUAAACCGAUUAUUCAGCUUGGAGUUCUGUACUGGUGUGAUAAAAUUUUGCCACACCUAUCAUCACUAAUCAGUGGCUUACUAGCAGUCCAUUUGUAGUUUUCCUGGAAUCAGAUUCAAAUAUCAGUUUGUUAAAGCUAAUUGUUAAAUUGUUAAAAAUCAAAAUGUUAAAGCUAAAGCUAGUCCUUAAUUUCCAUACAGCUGAUUAAUAUUCAUAUGAAUAAGAGAAGACAAACAGAGAGAUUGAAGCUUAACAAACUAGCCACAUGGGCACUCCUCUCAUGGCUCUCUCUCUCAGCCACUGUCCUUUCACAGCUGCAUCCAAGGGAAUAGAGAGAGUGGACUUCCUUGUCUCAUGAUCUACACUGGGAUAUACUCAUGUGACAUAAAACUAGCAGUUCAGGGACACAGGUAAGACCCUAGGAGAUUCCCUUCACACAAUCUCCUCUUUGAUUCUUUGGGAGACUAACAUGUUAAAAUCUCUUUAUUUGGGUUUUUUAGAAGUUUAACAUGUCAGAUCUUCAUAAUGAAUCAUUACACAUAUGUAGAUUAUAUCUCUAAAGCUUCUCUUACUUGAAGUUUAUAAAAUAUUGUACUUUACAAAGAGAGAAUUAUAGUACUUCGGGGAUAAGAGGGAAAGGAAAGAGAAAACAAAAAUGAUUCCUAGAUAUAUUGACAAAAUGCCAAUUAGGGGGCACUCCCCUUUGGCAUAAGAAUUUACAUUCAGAAUAAAUGAUAUGUUCAACCUCCUUCAGUUCAGUUCAUUAUAUCCUGAAGUUCACUCUGGAUCUCUUGAUGUAGUGUAUGGUUUAUAUAAGCAUCCUUAUGGCACCUUCUCCAAAAGAUCUGCUUUCUUGAUUCUGGGUGUUGGCAUUUUUCUUUUCCGGACAAUUAUACAAUCUGUCCUUAGGAGGGUGUUGAUCAACACUAGAAUUACCCCAUGAUACAUGGCUGAGUUGAGGUAAAUGAAUCAAUCUCAAAAGAAAGCCAAAACCCCCAAAAAAACAAUAGAAGAGAAAAAAAAAUAAAUUCUGGAUAAGAAAUAUAUACAAAAAAAUCAUGUAUGUAUAAAAUUAUGAGCAAAAAAGAAUAAACUUGUAACAGGUCCUUGAAUCACCAGCAAGGCCCAAUUAAAGUGAAUAAUGUCCUAUGAGCUUGCAGGACAACCACAGCAAUAUUGCAUUCACCCAUUGUCAGCCAGGAUUAUAGAAAAUUGCCAUACAAAAGAAGGGAUUAGAUUCUUAGGUAAAAGGGAAGUAUGAUUCCCUGGUCUUAUUUUACUUUCAAUUUCAGGGACUGGGGAGCCAAAAUACAAGCCAAAUGGUGGUACUUGUAGGAACUUGGCACAGGGAAGUCCAAUGUCUGUAUUUGUCAGUCACUUCCUCAAAUCGCAAAACAAAUACUCUGUCUUGGAGUAGAUCCUCACGAAUUCACAGGGAUUGUUGGUCUCCUCGACCUUGUGCUUCUUUGCACUGUGCAAUGGCUCUCUUGUGAUCCCCUCUUCUGAAAAAAGACACCUUUAUUAGUAAAAGUUCCAUAAUAUUUAAUAAUCAAUGCCAGGUUUCCAUAGUCUAAAGCUUUUGGGUAUGCAUUGGUAUUAGGGCUAAUAGAUAUUGUAAACUUAUCCUUCAAAACUAAAAAUGUUAAUACUGAUUCCAUUUACUCAAGUACAAAGAAAGAAAAAAAUUCCAUUAUAAAAAUAAAGAAAACCAAUAAUAAUAAAUCAUGAAUUCAUAGUUCACAUUUCAUGUGACAAUGUGUUAGCCAGAGGCACAAUGCAAAGGUUUCUCACUCAAUAGUGAGUUUUAUUUCCUUUUUUAAACUAAGUUUAUUUAAUUAAUUAAUUUAGAAUAUUUUUCCAAUUAUAUUGCCUUCCAGAAUGAUUGGAUUAAUGCAUAACUCCACCAGCAAUGCAUUAGUGUUUGAAUUUUCCACAUCCCCUCUAACAUUUAUUGUCUUCCUUUGAUGUCAUAUUAGCCAAUCUACUAGGUGUGAGGUGGCACAUCAGAGUUGUUUUGAUUUUCAUUUCUUCCCAAUUUGUUGCUUCCCUUCUAAUUUUGGUUGCAUUGGUUUUGUUUGUACAAACUCUUUUUAAUUUAAUGUAAUCAAAAUUAUUCAUUUUACAUUUUGUAAUAUCCUCUAUCUCUUGCUUGGUCUUAAAAUUUUUCCUUUCCCAUAUAUCUGACAGGUAUACUAUUCUAUGUUCACCUAAUUUAUUUAUAGUUCGCUUCUUUAUAUUUAAGUCAUUCACCCAUUCUGAAUUUAUCAUUAUAUAGGGUAUGAGACGUUGAUCUAAACCUAAUCUCUGCUAUACUGUUUUCCAAUUUUCCCAGCAGUUUUUGUCAAAUAGUGGGUUUUUGUCCUAAAAGCUGGGAUCUUUGGGUUUAUCAUAUAUUAUCUUACUAAGGUCAUUUACCCCAAAUCUAUUCCAUCGAUCCUCCCUUCUUUCUCUUUGUCAGGACCAUAUUGUUUUGAUGACCACUUCUGUAUAGUACAGUUUAACUCUGGUACUGCUAGACUGCCAUCCUUCAUAUUUUUUUUCCAAUAUUUCCCUUGAUAUUCUUGAUCUUUUGUUCUUCCAAAUGAACUUUGUUAUGAUUUUUUCUAAUCCAGUAAAGAGGUUUCUUGAUAGUUUGAUAGGUUUGUCACUGAAUAAGUAAAUUAAUUUGAGUAGGAUUAUCAUUUUUAUUAUGUUAACUAAUCCUACCCACGAGCAAUUAAUGUUUUCCCAAUUUUUUAGAUCUACUUUUAAUUGUGUAGAAAGUGUUUUGUAGCUGUUUUCAUAUAGUUCCUGUGUUUGUCUUGGCAGAUAGAGUCCUAAAUAUCUUAUAUUGUGUAAAAAGGAAUUCUGUAAUUUAAUGGGGGACCUGAAGGUCUUAUUUCCAUAGAGAUGUGUAGAGAUUAACCAGCCCACAGCAACAGGAAGUAGGAACCUGGGAGCCCCUUGCUGAACGAGUAUCAGUUGCAGGAUGUUAGUUGCAGACAGUUAGAGCUGGUAGUUGCUAGGAAGAUGGCUGCUGGGCAUGAGUUGGUCAUUGGGGUGUGGGUUGGCAUUUAGUUGCUGGAAUAUAAAGGAAGGCCUAAGCUUACCGAGAGGACUUUGGCUUUAGCCUUUAAAGGGCUUUUUGCCUCUGGGCUCUCUAGUGAGCAGGAGGUCUGUUUCAUAGGCAAGGAUCUUCUGUCAGUUGGCUACAGACAGUUUGGGCUGCUAUAGGAAACUGAUUGAAGGAGUGAGUGAGUAGUAGCUGUCUAUUAUUUUAGGGAGUUAGGUAGAAUAUGAAUCAUUUAUAGAUAGUGUAGGUUAGAUAGGCCUGGUGUUUGCCAGGCAGAAGAAGCUGUCCUCAGAAGGUAGUUAGAGGUAGUUGUUAGGAAUUUUAGAUAUUAUAAGGAAUUUUAAGUAUAUUUAUAGGGUAUAAGAUUAGUAAUCUAUCUUUCCUCUUUUCUAUCUUUUCCUCCUUUACUAUAUUCUUUUACUAUCUCUAUUUUAAUUAAACUAAAUUAGUAAUUGUUAAAAACUGCUAGAGGUUUUCUUUUCUCAGACUUAAAGGGAUAAUAUUAAUUUACAACUCUAGUAUAUUCUCAUUAAAACUUAAAUUAAAAACUACUCUCUUAUUUUGUCAAAACCCUUAUUUUAACCCUUAUUUUUAAUUAUCGAGGGUGAUUUUAAAUAGAAUUUCUCUUUCUAACUCUUGCUGCUGCAUUGUGUUGGAAAUAUAUAGAAUGCUGAUGAUUUAUGUGGGUUUAUUUUUUAUCCUUGACAGAUAGGGGGAAAGAAGUAAUUUAAAAGUAAUUAAUAGAGUUGUGUGUGUUUAAAAUAAUAAUUGGUAAUGGGAUGAACUAACUAAUAAAACAAGAUACAGAAUGAAUUUUAAAAAAACAAUCCCAGAUGGUGGCUUAGAAAUAGCAAAAAUCAAUUCCUCUGUGAAUAACCUUCCACACCAAUCAAAGACAAAGUGCUUCAAGGAUACAGAAAACAAAAUCCAACAACAAGAGAGAGCUGCAGGACCCUCCUGCUUGUUUCAACUUUUUUCAAAAGGUAAACAGAGAAGGUUGAAUUCUCAGGUAUAUGGAAAAGAAAGAAGGAAAGUCUCAAUGCCCCUCCCCUAAAUAAUGUGCUAAGACUUGGGCUCUCAGGGUGAGGGCUCCAACCAGGACAGAGUACUUUUCUACCACAACAAUGUGAAGCUCAGGGAUUUGACUGUUGGCAAGGAGGCAGCUGGAGGAGAGAAGCAGAAGAAAGGAUAAGUUGAUGGCAGCCUUCAGCCACCACACUAUCAUCUUAGGCCUCUGCCUCUUAAAGUUUUGGCCUUAGGGCACAUUCAGCUCUGCAGAUCAACUCAACUGGCAAAGCCAGUAUACUAGGAGUGCAGAGAAGAAACCUCUAUAGAACAGAAAAGCUCAAAUUCAUAGAGGCAGCAAACAAUCAAAGAAACAAGUAUAUAGCCCACAUGCACAAGGGGGGAGGGGAGAAAAAAAUGAAUAAACAACAGAAGAAAAAAAGAAACUAUGAUUGAAAAACACUUCAGAAAAACAACAAAGAACAUAUGGAACAAAGGCAGACAAAGGAACAUUAAGCAAAACCUCAGAAACUCCAGCAAACUGGAUUCAGGCUCUGGAAGAGCUCAAAAUUUAACAAAUAAAUAACAUGGGCUGAAGAAAACUGGAAAAAGAACUUAAAAAGAAAAAUAGGUCGUCUAGCAAUAGAGACACAUGAACUAAAACAAGAAAAUAGUGCUUUGAAAGACAGAAUUGACCAGCUAGAAAACUAGACAAAAAAAUUAAAAAGACAAAGAGAAUGAGUUAAAAAUAAAAAUAGUUCAAAUGGAAAAGGAGGAUCAAAAAGUCUUGGAUGAAGUCCAGUCUUUAAAAAUUAGAAUUGAACAACUAGAACAACAAGGUAUCAAGAUUUUAUAAACAAAAUCAAAAGAAUAAAAAAAUAGAAGAAAAUCUGAAACACCUCAUCCAAAAAACUAAGAACCUGGAAAAUAGGUCCAGGAGAGACAAUUUAAUUAUUGGACUCCUGAAGGCCAUGACAAGAAAAAAAUCCUUGACAUAAUUCCAUAGGAAAUUAUCCAAGAAAACUGCCCUGAUACCCUUGAACAAGAAGGUAAAAUAGAGAUUGAAAGAAUCCACUGAUCACCUCCUGCAUUAAAUCCCCAUUUGACAACUCCCAAGAAUGUUAUAACCAAGUUCAAGAGUUCCAAAACCAAGUAGAAAAUAUUAAAAACAGCUAGAAAGAAAUAAUUCAGAUAUCAAGGAACCCCAGUCAAGAUCACAUAGGACCUGCCUCCACAUUGAAGGACUGGAAGACUUGGAAUAUAAUAUUUCAGAAGACAAGGGAACUGGGUCUAGAACCAAGAAUCAACUACCCAGCAAAACUGACUAUAGUAUUUCAGAGGAAAGUAUGGUCAUUUAAUAAAAAAGAAGACUUCCAAGAAUUGCUGAAGAAGAAACCAGACUUGAACAGAAAAUUUGAGGCCCAAAUACAAAAUCGAAGAGAAGCAUGAAAAGGUAAACAAUAAAGAGGAAAAAUUUAAUGACUUCAAUAAGGUUAAAGGGUGUAUAUUCCUAUAUGGAGUGAUGAUAUAUUUAACUCUAAAAAAUUGUUAUCAUUGUCAUAGUAGUUAAAAUGGGGCAAAAUAAAUCACAUAAAGAAGUGCCAGAGAUGGAGUGGGGGUGGAGGUGAGGCUGGAACCAAUAUAAUGGAAGGAAGAGGGUAGUUAUAGGUAAUAUUUAAACUGUAUGCUCAUUGGAAUUGGCUCAGAGAGAGAACAACCAGACUUGUUGAGGUAUAUAAUUGUAUCUUACCCUAUGGAAAAGUUGAAGAAGAAUAAGAAACAGAGUGGUAGGGAGGGGAGAAAGACAAGGGAGGGAGAAGCUGAGCAGGGUGUCCAAAAAGUCCUAUAAUAAGAGAGAAGUAUGAAGGGAGGUGGGAAUAAGGGAAGCAAUAUAAUGGGAGGGGAAAGGGGGGAGAUUCAUGAAAAGCAAAACACUGGAGGGAUGGGUAAGAAUAGAAGGUAUAAGGUUAGGAUUAAAGAAGGAAGUUAAAAUGGAGGGGAAUACAUAGAUAAUAAUCUGUGAGUGUGAAUGGUAUGAACUCACCCAUAAAAGGCAAAUGGAGAGCAGAGUGGAUUAAAUACCAGAAUCCUAGUAUAUUUUGUCUACAAGAAACACACAUGAGGUGGGUAAAAGUAAAAGGCUGGAACAGAAUCUAUUGGACUGCAACUAAGACUAAGAAGGCAGGUGUUGCAAUGAUGAUCUUAAAUAAAGCUAAAGUAAAAAUGGAUUUGAUUAAAAGAGACAAGGAAGGAAACGACAUCUUUUGAAAAAUUAAUUAAGAAUAUUUUUCAACAGUAGCAUGAUUCAUGUUCUUUCCCUCCUCUUUUCCCUCCCUCCUCCUGUGUUAUACAUGUAUCAUUGUUCAAAACUUAUUUCCAUAUUAAUAUUUGCAAUAGAGUGAUCAUUAAAGCCCAAAUCCCCAAUGAUGGAACCAUCAAACCAUGUGAUCAAUCAUAUGCUUUUCUCCUGUAUUUCUACUCCCACAGUUCUUCCUCUGGAUGUGAUUAGCAUUCUUUCUUCUAGGUUCCUUGGGAUUGUCCUACAUCAAUGCAUUGCUACUAGUAAAGAAGUCUAUUACAUUUGAUUGUACCACAAUGUUUCAGUUUCUGUGUACAAUGCUCUUCUGGUUCUGCUCAUUUCUCUCUGCAUUAAUUCCUGGAGGUCUUUUUCACAUGGAAAUCCUCCAGUUCAUCAUUCCUUUCAGCACAAUAGCAUUCCAUCACCAUCAGAUACCACAAUUUGUUCAGCCAUUCCUCAAUCAUAGAACACCCCCUCAUUUUCAAAUUUUUUGCCACUAUAAAAAGCACAGCUAUCAAUACUUUUGUUCAAGUAUUAGGAAACUACAUCUUGAUAAAAGGUAACAAAUAAUUAAGAAAUAUCAGUACUAAACAUUUAUGCAUCAAAUGCUGCAGCUUUCAGAAUGUUAAAACAGACAUUGAAAGAGCUCAAGGAGGAAAUAGAUGGUAAAACCAUACUAACAUACUCAACCUUCCCCUAUCAGGAUUAGAUAGGUCAAACGAAAAAAAUAAAUAAAUAAAUAAGAAGUAAGGGAAAUAAAUGUAAUGUUGAAAAACCUAGAACUAAUAGAUGUCUGCAGAAAACUGAAUAGGGAUAAAAAAUGAAUAUUCCUUCUUUUCUGCAGCACAUGGUACAUAUACAAAGAUUGACCAUGUACUAGGGCAUAAAAACAUAGCAAACAAAUGUAGACAAGCAGAAAUGAUAAACACAAUUUUCUCAGAUUUUAGGAUAAAAAAAUCAUAAUUUAUGAAGGUUCAUGGAGAGGCAAAUUUAAAAGCAAUUGGAAAUUAAAUAAUCUAAUUCUCCAAAAUGGGUGGGUCAAAGAAUAAAUCAAAGCAACAAUUAUUGAUUUCAUUGAGGAUUGACAAUGAGGAGAAAACCUAUAAAAAUCUGAGAUACAGCCAAUGCAAUACUCAGGGGAAAAUUUAUAUCCUUGAAUGCCAAUGUCAACAAAAUAAAAAGGGAGGAGAUUAAUGAACUGGGCAUGUAACUUAAAAAAACAAACAAACUAGAAAGAACAAAUUUAAAAGCCCAAGAUAAAAACUAAAUUGUGCAAGAAUUAAAAUGGGUUGACAAAUAUAAGAAUUUUUAAAAAUUGUUAAAAUAGUCUCCAUUUAUAAAAAUUAACUCUUAAGUCAUGGGGCUGAUAGGAGCUUUACUAGCCUUAUUACAGCAAAGUAGAGUGUUAAGAGAGGGAAAUGUAGGAAUAAAGUAGAAAAUAUUGUCUAGCUAAAUACCCUAUAAUUGCCAAUCCAGGAGAAUUCAGCUCAAAUUUGACAAAGGAUCCUUCAGGUCCUGAUCUCCAACGAGGAGUCAUGGUAGUAUCUUCAGCAAGAGCCACCAAUACAGAAUCCAAUGCAGAAUCUAAAUGUCCACCAGAAUCCAAAGUCCAAAUCAGAAGCCAAAUCCAAAAUAAGAAUCUAAAAUCUGAGUCUGAAAUCUGAGUGCCUGACUUCUUGUUGGGUCUCACAUUAUAAGCACUUUUCUCCGUCCAACAAUUCUCCCAUGCCACAUGUCAGAAAUCAAUCAUAGUUCCUUGAUUUGUCUAGUACUACCUCUCUGGGUAGUGCUUGUGGAAUCCUCUUCCAGGCUUUGAGGGUAUAAAUUUCCUUUUUCUAUUAAAAGGUUCUUCAAGUGCUUGACUGAUGAAGUGUGAAAGGAGGGGCACUCCAAAUUCUUGAUCGAUUAAGUUAAAAUAAACAAAGGGAGUUUAAAAUUCCCUUUCAUAAUUGAAAAUCACAAAAAUUAAAAGAAAUUAAUAAAACUGAAAAUAAAAGAACCAUUGAACUAAUAAAUAAGAGUAGGAGCUAGUUCUUUGAAAAAAAAAACAAAAUUGAUAAUGUUUUUGUUAAUGUAAUUUAAAAAAAGAAAAGAAGAAAAUGUACAGUAUCAAAAAUGAAAAGGUAAAUAUCACCUCCAAGGAAGAAGACAUUAGGGCAAUUAUUAAGAGCUAUUUUGCCCAAUUAUAUGACAAGAAACAUAACAAUAUAGGUGAAAUGGAUGAAACAAAAAUAUAAUUGCCCAGAUUAACAAAAGAAGAAAUAUAAUACUUAAAUAAUCCCAUAUCAGAAAAAGAAAUUGAACAAGACAUUAAGGAACUCCAUAAGAAACAAUCCCCAGGGCCCGAUGAAUUCACAAGUGAAUUCUAUUAAACAUCUAAAGAACAACUAAUUCUAUAACUACACAAAUUAUUUGAGAAAACAAGCAAAGUAGGAGUCUUACCAAAUUCUUACAAAUAUGAUACUAAUUCCCAAGCAAGGAAAACUAAAAACAGAGAAAGCAAACUAUAGACCAAUCUUCCUAAUUUACAUUGAUGCAAAAAUCAUAAAUAAAAUACAAGUAAAGAUUCUACAGCAAGUUAUCACAAAGAUUAUGCAUUAUGACCAGGUGGGAUUUAUACCAGGAAUGCAAUAUUAGGAAAACCAGCCACAUAAUUGACCAUAUCACCAACCAAACUAAUAAAUAUCACAUGAUUAUCUCAAUAGAUACGGAAAAAGCCUUUGACAAAAUACAACACCCAGACCUGUUACAACACUAGAAAGUUUAGAAAAAGAAGGACCUCUCCUCAAAAUAAUAAGCAGUAUAUAUUUAAAACCAUCAUCAAGAAUCAUGUGUAAUAGAGACAAGUUAGACGCCUUUCCAAUAAGAUCAGGGGUCCAGCAAUGAUGACCAUUUUCACCUCCGUUAUUUAAUAUUUCACUAGAAAUGCUAGCAGUAGCAAUUAGAGAAGAAAAUGAAAUGGAAAGGAUUUAAGUAGGCAAUGAGGAAACUAAAGUAUCACUCUUUGCAGACAAUAUGAUUGUAUAGUUAAGGAAUCCUAGAAAAUAAACCAGAAAGCUAGGAGAAAUAAUUAACAACUUUGGUAAAAUGGCAGGCUACCAAAUAAACCCACAUAAAUCACCAGCAUUUUUAGAUAUUUCCAACAAAAAUCAAUAGCAAGAGUUAGAAAGAGAAAUUCAAUUUAAAAAUCACUCUAGACAAUAGAAAAUAUUUAGGAAUCUAUUUUCCAAGACAAAUACAGGAAUUAUAUAAACACAACUACAAAACACUUUCCACACAAUUAAAACUAGAUCUAAAUAAUUGGAAAAACAUUAAUUGCGCAUGGGUAGGAUGAGUUAAUAUAAUAAAAAUGACAAUGCUACUGAAAUUAAUUUACUUAUUCAGUGCCAUACCUAUCAAACUAUCAAGAAACUUAAUAGAACUGGGAAAAAAAACUGUAACAAAGUUCAACUUGAAGAACAAAAGUUCAAGAAUAUUGUGGGAAAUAAUGAAAAAAAUAAUGUGAAGGAUGGUGGCUUAGCAGUACCAGAUCUUGAACUAUACUACAAAUCAGUGAUCAUCAAAACAAUAUGGUAAUGGCUAAGAGAUCAAUGUAGUAGAUCAGUGAAAUAGACUAGUGGUAAAUGAUCUUAGCAAGCUUGUGUUCAAUAAACCCAAAGAACCCAGUUUAUGGGACAAGAACUCUCCCUAUUUGACAAAAUUGGUGGUAAAAUUGGAAAACAAUAUGGGAAAAAUUAGGUUUAAAACAACAUCUCACACACUAUACCAUGAUAAAUUCAAAAUGGGUAAAAGACUUAAAUAUAAAGAGGCAAAUCAUAAAUUAGGUGAACAUAGAAUAGUAUACCUGUCAGAUCUAUAGGAAGGGAAGGAAUUUAAGACCAAGCAAGGGAUAGAGUACAUUACAAAACAUAAACUGAAUGAUUUUGAUUAAAUUUAAUUAAAAAGAUUUUGUUCAAACAAAACCAAUGUAACCAAAAUUAGAAGGAAAGCAACAAACUGUGAAAACAUUUUUAUAACAAAAUUCUUUGAUAAAGGUUUAAUUUCCCAAAGAUAUAAGGAACUAAGCCAAAUUUACAAAAAGUCAAGCCAUUCUCCAAUUGGUCAAGGGAUAUGAAUAAGCAAUUUUCAGAUGAAGAAAACACAACAUGAAAAAGUAUUAUAAUUCCCUCCUGAUUAGAGAAAUGCAAAUCAAAACAACUCUGAGGUACUACCUUAUACUAGCAGGUUGGCCAAUAUGACAGUAAAGGAAAAUUAAUAAUAAUUUUUAGAUUUUUUUCUCCAAAGAGAUAAUAAGAAAAAUACUUGUACAAAAGUAUUUAUUGCUGUGCUUUUUAUUGCGGCAAAAAAAUUGGAAAAUGAUGGGGGUGUCCUUCAAUUGGGGAAUGGUUGAACAAAUUGUGGUAUCUGAUGGUAAUGAAAAGGAAUUCCAUGUGAACUGAAAAGACCUCCAGGAAUUGAUACAGAGCAAAAGGAGCAGAACCAGAACACUAUACAGAAACUGUAACAUUGUGCCACAAUCAAAUGAAAUGGACUUCUUUACUAGUAGCAAUGCAAAGACCCAGGACAAUUCCAAGGGACUUAUGAGAAAGAAUGAUAUACAUAUCUAGAGAAAGAACUGUGGGGGUAGAUAUUCAGAAGAAAAGCACAUGAUUGAUUAUGUGGUUUGAUGGAUAUGUGAUUGGGGUUUUCGCUUUAGAAAAAAUAUCAUUAUAAAUAUGAAUAAUGUGGAAAUAGGUUUUAAAGACUGAUAUGUUUAUAACCCAGUGGAAUGGUGUUUUAGCUCUGGGAGGUGGGAGAGAAGAUGGGAGGGAAAGAACAUAAAUCUUGUAACCAGAGAAUAAUAUUCUAGAAAAAAAUUUUAAUUUUAAAUUAAAUUUUUAAAUUUUUAAAAUAAAUAAAAAUAAAAAAUAAUAAAAACAAAGUCCAUUUAAAAAAAAAGAGACUCAUAAAAUGAAUUAUGUUCAGCUAAAAUAAGGGUUUGGAGUAGAAUUUCUCAUACUUUAGCUGAAUUAAAAAAAAUAGGAGAAAGUAUUCUUGAUCUCACAGAUGACAGUAAAUAUAGAUUUGGUCAUGUGAGACAAGCAGGAAAACUUUAAAAGUAAAAUAGAAAAAAUACAUUGACCAAAUGAUAUUACACCCAAGUAUUUAAAGGGAAGUUAGUGAUUAAAGAUUCACAAUCAUUUGGGACUUCAAAAUCACUUUUUCAUAAA